UGUGAUUUAUGAAGAUGUUUUCCAUGAUCCCAGCUCCAAACCUGCUGGGCAGCUCCAGAGGGGCCUGAAGCGAGGGUCACCCUUGGGGCAGGAUCCUGGGUGUCCUCCUGGAGCUUCCUGCUCCCACCUUGGCUGCUUGGUGGGACCCACCCUGUUUGCAGAGAGGGACAGGCCAUAAAUCACCCCUGGGUUGGAAAACCCCGUCCAUCUUCUGAGAAUUGAGGAUUUGCUGAGGGGAAAAGUCCUCGAGACCAUCAAGUUCAAUCCUCAGCACUGCCGAGGCCACCCCUGACCGUGUCCCCAAGUGCCACAUCCACAGGGAUUUUAAAUCCCUCCAGCAGUGGGGGCUGAACCCUGAGCUGGGCCUGGCCUGGAGAGGCUUUUUGGGGAAGGAAUAUUCUGAAUUUCCAGCUGAGCCUCCCCUGGCCCAGCUGGGAGUUGUUUCCUCUUGUCCUGUCCCUGUUCCCUGGGAGCAGAACCUGAGCCUCCCCUGGCUCAGACCUUUCAUACCACCACGCUCUGGACCUCGCACCGCCGUGUCUGUCCCUGCUGUCACCUCCUGGUCACACAUUCCCUCCCCUGGGGACCCCCAUGGCAGCAGGACCCCAAACCCUCUCUGCUGCUGACCAAAGGUGCCCAAUGCACCCAUCCCCAUUGACCUGGGGCUGGACUGGGCUCCUGGCCAGAUUCGUCCCACCUGGAACGUCCCGCUGUCCCAGCCCCCUGGUACGCCCAUGGCAGCUCCCAUAAAAGCGCUCCCAGCGCGGUGGGAAGCAGGAUCCAGGAUCCAGGAGCUGGGAUGGGGCCGUGCCGAGCGCUGCCACCGCUGCUGCUGCUCCUGGGGCUGGUGGGAGCCUCCACGCCGGAGCCCCAGGGAUCCACGGCGGGACGGGAUGGAACCACGCUGGGAUGGGAAGGAACCGCGCCGUCCUCGUCCCUGAGCUACGGGGCCGUGGUGGCAGCGGCCGUGGAGCUGCUCAACGCCAGGGCCAUCAGUCCCUACGUGCUGCGGCUCCGGGAGGCUCAGCCCCGGCCUGGAUGGCCCUCAGACCUGCAGAGCCGGCAGGAGCUGAGCUUCACCCUGGAGGAAACCACGUGCCGGGCACCGGGAAUGGCCACCAGCCACUGCAAGAGCCGCUGGCUCGGGUGGGGAAACUGA